AUGAGGGUUUCAGCGGUUCAGCAUUCCCAGGAACUCAGACAAGAACUGGCUUUUCCCUCUGUAAGACAGGGGCUGCAGCAGCUUGCCAGAGCCGACAUGGCCUCACAGAGCAGUGAGGACAUCAUCAAGCUGUCGAGGGAGGAGCUGGAGGCCCUGAAAGCUGCCUUUGAGGAGGGGAACCUCGCCGGAGUAGCCUCCAGGCUGCAGGAAAUGUUGGAGUCGCUGGAGAGCAUCCAGUUGGAUGUGGGCAUCACGGGCGAGACCGGCUCCGGGAAGUCGUCCUUUGUCAACGCCCUGCGGGGCCUGGGCGAUGAGGAUGCAGGUGCCGCCCGCACCGGUGUGGUGGAGACCACCAGGGAGCCGACUCCAUACCAGCAUCCCUGGUACCCCAACGUGACCAUCUGGGACCUGCCGGGGAUCGAUACACCCGAUUUCCACCCCGAUGCCUACCAGGAGCAGGUCGGCUUCUCGCGCUACGACAUCUUCUUCAUCAUCGCCUCGCAGCGCUUCACCGCCAACCACGCUGCUCUGGCCUGCCACAUCCAGGCCAUGGACAAGAACUUCUACUUUGUCCGCUCCAAGGUGGAUGUAGACCUGGAUUCCUCCCUCAAGCGCCGGCCAUCCAGCUACAGCGAGGUGGGGGUGCUGCAGGAGAUCCGACAGAACUGCCUGGAGGGUCUGCGGGCCCAAGGCAUCCACUCGCCCCAAGUCUUCCUCCUCUCGGCUUUUGAUCUCAGCAAGUACGACUUUCACCUCCUGGGGGAGACGCUGGAAAGGGAGCUGAGCCACCACAAGCGGCAUGCCUUCCUGAUGGCCCUGCCCAACAUCUCCCUGCACAUCCUGGAGAAGAAGAAGGCUGCCAUGCUGAAGCAGAUGUGGCUGGUCUCCACCAUGGCCUGUGGUGUCCACGCCACGCCCAUCCCAGGGCUCCUGAUCUCCUGCGAUGUGGACAUCCUGGCCAGGACCCUGCAAGGUUACUGCAAGAGCUUUGGCCUGGAUGACGACUCUCUGGAGAAGCUGGCAGCAAAAGUGGGGCAGCCGGUGGGACAGAUGAAGGCUGUUAUCGAGGCACCACUGGCCCAGGAGAUCUCCAACAGCCUGGUGGUGCAGCUGCUGAUACAGGCAGGUGGCAAGGUGCCAAAGCUAUCCAAGGAGGUGCUGCGCUCUGUCCCUGUGCUGGGCUCCAUGGCCUCUGGAGCACUGUCUUUUGCCACCGCUUACAAGAUGCUGAGGAGUUUCAUGGAUGAGGUGACUGCCAGUGUCCAGAGGGUGCUGAUCAAAGCCUUCGAGGUGGAUGCUGAGAAAUGA